CGUUAAUGUGACGGCAGCAGCAGAAUUGGCUUUGUCCGAAAACAAACUGCACAAGAAGUAUUUUGCGUCGUGCAAACGUAAAUCAAUACCGUAAUUGUAUCUACGGUGGGAGAAAUAAUAGAGACGGUCAUAAAACAACUCAUUAAGCACUCCCAACGGUUAUAAAUAACGGCCUCAAAAUUGGCAAAAUACGGAAAAACAAGAAAAUGAGCUAUAAUGAAAAAAGCGAGGCCAUCACUAAAGAGGAAUGGCUGCAACGGCUGGAGCAGUUCCCAUUCAAGCAGGCGGACAUGAAUCGUCUAAUUAUGAACUACUUGGUGACAGAGGGGUUCAAGGAGGCAGCCGAAAAGUUUCAGCAUGAAGCUGAGCUGGAGCCUAGUGUUGAGCUAAGCAGCUUGGAUGAUCGCAUAUUGAUACGGGAGGCUGUACAGGCAGGCCGAAUUGAAGAGGCCACUCAUCUAGUUAACCAGUUGCAUCCGGACUUGCUGGGUAGUGAAAUCUAUUUGUUUUUCCACUUGCAGCAACUGCAGUUAAUUGAGUUAAUUAGAGCGGGCAAGGUAGAGGAGGCCUUGGUUUUUGCUCAGUCCAAGCUAUCCGAGUCGGGUGAAGAGAUCCGUUUCGAGCUGGAACGCACUCUGGCACUGCUGGCAUUCGAAAAACCGCAAGAGAGCCCCUUUGCCGAUCUAUUGGAGCAAUCGUACAGACAGAAGAUUGCCAGUGAGCUUAAUUCGGCAAUACUGCGCUGCGAGCACAGCGAGGAUUCGACACCAAAAAUGAUGUUUCUCCUGAAGCUAAUACUGUGGGCACAAUCCAAGCUAGACGGCCGUUCGAUUAACUAUCCGAAGAUGAAGGAUCUGGAGACUGCGCAGGUUGAGCAUAAAUAAGAGACCCAAACGAGAUAAACGGGGCUAACGGAUAAACAAUAACAAGUGUAUAAGAGUGGGCGGGCGUGGCAGCGUUAGAGUGAAUGAAGUAUGUGCAACCAAGGCAAAGUAAUACCAUUUCUAUAUCUAUUUC